ACCAAAGAAGAAGAAAAAGGAGGAGGAAGCCCUUUUAGCAUCAUCGGUCCGGCGGGAACUGUCAGUCAGCUGUUAGAUGUCGGAACGUUAAAAUGUUAGAAUACAACCGUUGAUCUGCAGUCUGCUAACAGCGAACAACAGAACACACUGAAGCCUCCUGGGGGACAUGAGCAGCUCUGCUCAGAGGAAGAGGAGGACCUCAGGAAGUCCUCUGGUUUCUAGACCCAGUACCAAGAGCAGCAGAGCAGCUAACAGCAGGAGGACGGAUAGCGCUAGCCGAGCAGUUGGCCAGACGGCUAGCAGGGUGUCUGAUGGUGACCCCCCCGCAGCGACAGAGACCAUUAAUGUGAUGGAUGGCACUGAGGACGGUGUGGAGGAGGUGGUGGAUCUGACCUGUGAAGGAUCAGAAGCUACUGUGGUUGACCUGACGACCAACAACGACUCAGUGCUGCUAGUGGAUGAAGGUCCUGAGAACAGGAGAGUCCCUGCAGGCGAGAGUUAUGUUGUCAGCAGCGAUGAAGAUGAAGACACGCCUCCUGUCCUCAAUGCUGCCCGUGUGUCUUCUGCACAUACCGCCAGGUCGACUCCAGGGACGAUCAGCUGCCCCGUCUGUCUGGACGUCUACUCUGAGAUUGUCGAGAGUGGCCGAUUGGUUGUUGCCACGAGGUGUGGUCACGUAUUCUGCAGUCAGUGCCUGAGAGAUGCUCUGACAUCCUCACACACCUGUCCGACAUGCAGGAAAAGACUCACCUGCCGCCAGUACCACCCCCUCUACGUCUGACAUCACCACUCUGCUGCGCUCCCAUUGGACGCUGGUAGAGUUUGAUGGCAGUGACAUCAUCAGACAUUGUUUGCUGCUGAAACAUUUUGGAUUCUUUCAUGAGGAACUUGAGCCGGAGCUGCGUUUUGGUUGAAGAUGAAUGUUGAUUGAUCGGUUUAUUGAUUAUAUUUCUGAGUUUAUCUUCAGUUUUCAGCUCAGAUUUGUGUUUGUUUUAUAUUCAUGUGUAAAACUAUAAAUAAAUUCUAUUGACUUCAUUGAUCAAUUAUUUUUCUUUGAUCCAGUUCAGUAGACUUUAUUGAUCCUAAUCAGAACAAACCUGUUAGUUGUACUGGAGGAAAUGAAUUAAACGGACGGAGAUCCUG